CCAAAUUUUGAAUAUGUCAUGGAGGCAAGUAAAUGGUGGAAUGGGUUUUGCCGCUUCAAUCUCUCUUACCUUUUCUUCUCUCUCUCUCUCUCUUCCUUCUGUGUCUUAAGAUUUACAAAUCUGCUUUCUUUAGUCCCAUAUGUAUAUAUAGCACCCAAGAGACACAGACUGCGAGAAACGAGGGAUAUGUUUUUCAAGCUAUAAGCUUUAUCAGAAAGGAAAAAAAGGAAGAAACUUGUAUGGAGAUAUGAAUAGUUGUGCAAAGUUUUUGGCUUGUUAAUUGAGUUCCUUCACUCAAUCUCUUGCUUCAUCCCAAAACAGAGAUAAAAAGAAAAAGACAAAGAGCUUUUCUUAGCUUCAAGAAAAUCCCAAUCCUUUACUGCUGUUUCAGUUCACGAAGUUGAUUCUACUUUCUUAUUUUUUCCUUUUCUUCAUCCUUAUAUGUCAAUCUCUUUAUAACCUUUUGUUCAGUUUCUAUCAAAGGUCCUCCAUUGAAGAACAAAGGCUUGGUAUAAAGUCAAAUCAAUUGGUGAUUGUCUGUGAAUUUGGUGAUGGGGGAUCAUUUUGUCUUGUUGGUGGAUCGAUUGAUAACGGAAUCUACAUUAGAAGCUGCAAUUGAGAGCAGAAACAGGUUGAUGCAGGCAGCAGCAUCAGCAGUUAAUGAAACAAAAAUUGCUAUCUCUUCCCAGAAAAUGGAGUUUGGAGAUGUGGCAACUCCAGGGAAAAUGGUGGAAUGCAGGAUUUGCCAGGAUGAAGAUGAAGAUUCUAAUAUGGAGACUCCUUGCUCUUGCUGUGGGAGCCUGAAGUAUGCUCACAGAAGAUGUGUUCAAAGGUGGUGUAAUGAGAAGGGCAACACCAUAUGUGAAAUAUGCCAUCAGCAAUUCACACCUGGUUAUACUGCUCCGCCACCCUUAUUUCAAAUUGGACGUUUUCCGAUGAACCUCAGGAGAAACUGGGAGAAUUCUGGAAGAGACUUGCACGGUCCCCGCUUUAUAGCAAUGGUGUCAACCGACCGUAGUUUCCUUAAUUCUGAUUACGAGGAGUACUCUGCUUCGACAAGAAACUCGAUCUGCUGUCGCUCAGUUGCUCUUGCUUUCAUGAUUCUUUUGAUUCUGAGGCAUACUCUUCCAGUCUUCCUUACUAGGACCAACGAAAUUUCCUUGCCAAUACUUGUGUUGUUAUUUCUACGAAUUGCCGGGAUUGUUCUUCCAAUAUACAUUAUCUUGAGAGCAGUAACUGCUCUCCAGAAUCGCCGCCAUCGACAGGAGUCUCCAAACGUGUCUUUUACCACAUCUGACGAGGAAGCUGAGCUUUCAAGCGAGUAGGCUCAGUUGAAUACAAGCAAUGUUCCUUAGUUUGUUCCUCAUUAAAACAUUGGCAUCAGCUAGCGAGCAGCAUCUUACAAUUGUUAAGUUAGUCUUUGUGUUUGAAGGCAUAUGAAGGUGGGUCCAUUUUCAGAUGUCGGUGGAUAGACAAGAAGUAAAACUUCCAAGGUGAUUCUCUCACCAGCCAAAAUUUAACAUUCUGGUUUCCAAAAGAAUGUUGUAUCUUCUCUAACAGCUGAGACAGGCGCAGCAGUUACCCUGGAUAUAUUUAGACAGUCUACUGACUUUAAAUCAAAGUUAUUGGAUGUUCAUUUUCUAUAUUGGGUAUUAUGUAAGAAAUUUGUACAGGAAAAAUAUCCCAUUGUAUAUUAAUACAGACAUUUAUACACAGAAAGGCCAUCGGGCAAGAAAAUAUACCAAUUCCUGUUACUGCGUC